CUCUUUGCUUCAGCCACUUCCUUCCUCAGCCUCUUCCUCUCCAGCGCAUUGGAGAAGGUAACCGGGUCCCGACCGACGCGGCGCCAGUUCACAGGGAAAGUAACGAGGCGGAGAGGCAGCAAUGAAUGUGGAUCAUGAGGUUAACCUCUUAGUGGAGGAAAUUCAUCGUUUGGGUUCAAAAAAUGCUGAUGGAAAACUGAGUGUGAAAUUUGGGGUCCUCUUCCAAGAUGACAAAUGUGCCAACCUCUUUGAAGCGUUGGUAGGAACUCUCAAAGCUGCAAAACGAUGGAAGAUUGUUAUGUACCCAGGAGAGCUACUUUUGCAAGGUGUUCACGAUGAUGUUGACAUUAUAUUGCUGCAAGAUUAAUGUGGUUCACAUAUCUUUAUGAAUUGCUGUUUUUUGGUUUCUGGUGAACUGGAUUAUGUAGUCAAACAACAAAUGUUUGCGCAUACUUAAUGUAUUUUUAUAGAACUUUGUAAACAAAAGGAGACUCAUAUUUUAAAAGUCUGUCCUUUUUUAUAUCUUGAAAGAAUUUAUGUAUUACACUGCAAAACAAAUAAAUCAUAUUAUUUUUCUUAGGAAUCUGGCUGGGAAAUGAAGGCGAUGAUCUUUUUUUUUUUUUGGAGGGGAUAAGGGAAUAAUUGUUCCAUAGAUCAUUCUUAGAUAAUUUCUACAGAUAUUUGACAUUCUGCGAAAGCAAGAAGCAAACUAAAGACCAACCCCCAUGAAAAAUACUAUAAUGUUUAUGUAAUAAAGACAUGUAACUGUCUUAAAAAAAAAAAAAAA